AUGGCCAGAGUGCAGAUGUUCAGAUGGACAUGGGUUUGUUUUUGGGCUGCGAUAGCUGGACUGUGCGCUCUGGCCGCAACCGAGGGUCAACAACAAUGUCCUCCGCCAGGAGAAAUUUCUCCGUGUUCCUGCACGGUGAAGAAGAAUGGACUGGAUAUUCUCUGCGAGUUUACGGACCAGCAGCAUAUAAUCGACGCUAUGGGAAAACUCAAGGGAAAAUCUCUGAUUAUUUUCUAUUUGAAGUUGAGACAUAACAAUCUCAAGAAAUUGACAGGAUUCAUUUUCCUCGGUUUAGAUAUCAGGCACCUAACUAUUCACAACAGUAGUAUGUCUGUCGUAGAAGAAGCCUCACUGAGUUCAAUUGGUAAAAUGUUAACUCAACUAGAUGUAUCCCAAAAUAGCUUAAGCCAAAUCCCUUCUCAAGCAUUUAAAAACCUGCAUCAACUAUUAAUUUUAAACGUAAACCACAACAAAGUAACCAAUCUGCACGCCAAAGCAUUCCAAGGUCUCGAUACUUUGGAAAUACUUACAUUGUAUGAGAAUAAAAUCGCAAACAUCGAUCAUGAAGCUUUCGUAGGACUGGAAAAAAAACUAAAACGACUCAAUCUCGGAGGAAAUGGUUUAAUCAAAAUACCCCAGAAGUCUUUGGCAAUUCUUGAUAUGUUAAAGAAAUUGGAAAUGCAAGAAAAUCGCAUCAGUGAGAUUGAGGAAGGAGAUUUUGAAGGUCUGAGAAACUUGGAUUCUUUGGGUUUAGCACACAACAAAUUGCGAAAGUUACCAGCAAAAGUUUUCUCCCACUUGACGUUGUUGAAUUCUCUAGAAUUGGACGGAAACAACAUUGACACUAUAGAUCCCGAGGCGUUUGUCGGAUUAGAAGAGAAUCUCCAAUAUCUUCGACUUGGUGAUAAUAACAUUCAUACCAUUCCAACGGACGCGUUAAAAGGACUGCACCGCCUGCGUCAUUUGGAUUUAAGGUCGAACAACAUCUCGUAUAUCGCCGAAGAUGCUUUAGCAGGAUAUGGAGAUUCCAUAACCUUCCUUAAUUUGCAAAAGAACGAUAUAAGAACGCUAUCAGGAGUCGUCUUUGAAAAUUUGAAUUCUUUAGAAACACUAAAUUUACAAAACAACAAAUUGAUGCAUAUUCCUGAGGAUGUAAUGGAACCAGUACUGGAUACUCUAAGAGUUGUUGAUAUUGUGGAUAAUCCGCUUCUUUGCGACUGUGAACUGCAAUGGUACAAGAAUUGGUUACGCAACCUGAAGGACAAAGACGACGAUUUGAUGCAAAAGAAACGGACAGUAUGCACCAUGCAACACGAGCACAGGGAAUACAGUCUUCAAAGUCUGCCUCUUGACAAAAUGAAAUGCGUUAUCAAAAGCUAUGACGUCGGUAGUACUGGGGGUGCCGAAAGCAAUAGGCUGAUUAGUAUUUCAGCCACUGCUGGCACUAUUGUAUGUGUUUUAGCUAGAUUCAUUUAG